AUGGGCGUCGAAGAUCCAAAAGUCCCCGCACCGGAGGCAGAAACCAUCGAAGCCGUCGAAAUGGGCAGAGAACCACGAGUCCCUGGCGCUCAUGGUGCUGGCACUGUCCGGUUGCUGGACGAGAAUACCGUCGUCUUGAUUCCGACACCAAGCCCGGAUCCAAAAGAUCCUCUCAAUCUACCAGCAUGGCGAAAAUUCAUGGUUAUUUUCAUCGUCGGAGUCUACUCUGCCUUUGCCGUUGCCACGACCUCUGGCCUAGGCGCCGUAUACCCCGAAGUGAUGGCCGCGUAUCCGGGACAAGAAUCUCAGGCCACAGAUCUGUUGACAUACCCGACACUGUUCAUGGGCAUUGGAAAUCUGAUUGCCAUGCCCCUUUGCGUUGCCAUCGGUCGCCGCCCAGUCUUUUUGCUCUCCAUGGUACUUCUCGUGGCUUCUGGAAUCUGGUGUGCUUGUUCAAAGUCGCUCUCCAGCCACAUUGCUGGCCGUGAUGUCUUUAGCAUGGCAGCUGGCCAAUCUGAAGCUCUGGCACCAAUGAUUGUGCAAGAAAUCCACUUUCUUCACGAGCGAGGAAGCAAGGUGGCCUGGUUUGUGGGUGUUCAGACGGCUGGCACUGCCGCUUUCUUCGUUGCUACCGUCUAUAUUGUUCCGGCCAUCGGUCUGGGAUGGUGGUACGGUAUCAUCACCAUCAUCAAUGGUAUCGUGCUCAUCUUGGCCUUUUUCUUUGUCGUCGAGACCAAGUUUGAUCGCCCCGAGGACGCCCUGGAGGGUGAAGUUCACUUGCACCUUGACGAGAAUGGAGACCCUAUUGCCAAGGGUGGCAGGGAACUUCUGUUCCGCGUCACCACGGCUCAGAACCACGUGCUCCAGCCUGAGAAAUUUGGACCACGUACUUGGCGACAUGACUUGAAAAUCUUCCACGUCCAGCCCGACUGGAAGGCAUGUCUCCUCUUCUACAAGGACACAGCUCUCGGCUUGGCCCUGCCCACCAUAUUAUGGCUAGUUCUUCUCAAUGGCGCGUUCCUUGGUGUCUACGUCUACCAAGCUUCGACAUUUGCGCAAAUUCUCAUGGCACCACCCUACUCAUUCACCUCGGCCGAUCUGGGCUGGGUGCAGUUGGCACAGGUUCUUGAUUGUGUCAUCAUGGUUCCCUUGCUAGGCUACGGGUCCGACCGGGUCGUCAAGCUCAUGAGUCGGUGGCGCAAGGGUAUCUUUGAGCCCGAGUAUCGUCUCAUUGUGCUGGCUAUCCCAGCCGUUGCCGUUGUCAUUGCUUGUGUCUUGUAUGGCCAGGCGGGCCAGUUUCCCAACCUCUGGUCGUGGAUGACAAUUGUAGCCCCAUACCACUUGGGCUACUUCUCAUUCCUAGGAGCAAAUCUUGUGGGUAUCACGUACGCGGUAGACAGUUUCCCCGAACGUGCUGGCCCAUUGCUGCUGCUCAUCUGCGCCGGACGUGGUUUCAUCUCGUUUGGUCUCAGCUAUUCGACUGUCCCACUGAUCAAUCUCACUGGCUAUAACGGUGCCAUGAACGUUUUUGCCAUUAUCUGCGGUAUCUUGUCGGCGCUUGGAAUUCCCGCGUAUUUCUUUGGUGGCGUCGUACGGAGAUGGGCUACCCGGACCUUCUGGAAGCCCGUUGAAAACGUGGACUGA